CCGGCCGGAGCCCUCCUAGGCCGGGCGGGACGUGCGCGUCGCGGCCCGUCCCUGAAUUUCGGUUUCUCUCCCCGCAGUAACCUGGACCCGCUCACGGAGACCUAUGGGAUUCCCUUUUAUCUGCAGUAUUUGGCCCACUGGCCGGAAUAUUUUAUAGUUGCGGAAGCACCUGGUGGAGAGCUCAUGGGUUACAUAAUGGGUAAGGCAGAAGGCUCUGUGGCCAGGGAGGAAUGGCAUGGACAUGUUACUGCCCUCUCUGUUGCACCUGAAUUUCGCCGACUGGGUUUGGCUGCUAAAUUGAUGGAACUACUGGAAGAAAUUUCAGAGAAAAAGGGUGGAUUUUUCGUGGAUCUCUUUGUGAGAGUAUCAAAUCAAGUUGCUGUAAAUAUGUAUAAGCAACUAGGCUACAGUGUGUACCGGACAGUGUUAGAGUAUUACUCAGCUAGCAAUGGAGAGCCAGAUGAAGAUGCUUAUGAUAUGAGAAAGGCUCUUUCCAGAGAUUCAGAGAAGAAAUCAAUUAUACCCCUACCUCAUCCUGUGAGACCAGAAGAUAUUGAAUAGCUGUAAGCUGUGAUUCUCAGGCAACAUACUAAGAGUAUCAGUUUUGGGGUUUUUUUAUCUCCUCCCCCCUUGAGCUUAAAUGGAGGAGAAAGCUUUGGCUCAAUGCCUACCCCCUGCCAUGAAACUCCAAAAGUAAUACUGAGAAGUUUACUUACACUGCUUCCCAAUUUUACUUCCUAGUGUUGUACCACCCUAUUUUACAGUAAGUAUUUAAAAAAAAAAAAAAUGCAGAGAGGAAGGAACUUUUAUUACUGAGCCUGAGAGUCACAGCUAUGCAAUUCUUGUUCAGCCCUCAUGUUUGAAAUGUUGAAGCUUGAAAAAUGUCUUUUGGAAGAAAAAAAAAAAAAAAAAACGGCUUGUACAA